AUGACUACUACGGCUAAAGAUGGUGAAUUUCAAAAAAAGCCUUCUACUUUUUGUAAUACAAUUAGUAAAGAUCCAAAUGCGAUUCUUACUCCUGAAAGGAAUCGCUAUUAUUUGUAUAUUGCUUUGAGUUGUCCAUGGGUACGGCUUGAAGACAUUAUUGGAUUGAGCGUUGCUGAUUACAUUAUGGGUGAGAAAGGAUGGAAAUUUAGUAAUCCUGAAGAAACUUCUGGGUGUAUUCCAGAUACUGUAAAUAAUACUCAGUAUAUUAGAGAAUUAUAUUUCAAAGCUAAUCCUGAUUAUAAUAGAAGAUUUGAAUUCAAAAUUUUGCCUGUCCUUUGGGAUAAAAAAUUGCAAACAAUUGUCAACAAUGAAUCGAGCGAGAUAAUCUGCAUUUUUAAUGAUACGUUCGAUGAUCUCAUUCUAGGAGCAAAAAGCAAAAAUUUAUAUCCAAAACAUCUUGCAAGCGAAAUUAACAAAAUAAAUAAUUGGGUUUUUGAUAAAAUUAACUCUAGCCCUUUUAAAUAUAUGAGCCAUGUUGGACCUCUGUUCAAAGUUCUGGAUGAUGUAGAAGCCAUUCUUUCUGAAAAUGAGUUCCUUGUUGGAAACACUUUAACCGAAGCUGACAUUAGACUUUUUGUCGACAUUGUUAGAUUUGAUCCAGUUUAUCACACACUUUGUAAACCAAAUUUGAAAACUAUUAAACAUGACUAUCCAAAUAUACUUCGCUGGGCUAGGCAAAUUUAUAAAAUUCCUAAAGUUGCUGAUACUGUCAAUAUGACUCACAUCAAGAAUGGUGCUUACAAAAACAUGAAGAAAAUUAAUCCACAUGGAAUUGUCCCUGUUUACGAUAGACCUG